UCUUUUUAAAGAACUUUUUAGCAUUUAGAUAUAUUUUUCAAAGAAAUGGAUUUCAAACUCAAUCACCACGAAUCAAUUCCUUGUAGGUUUUGAGGAGGUGUUUGGGUUUCGACCCAAAUUUAGGGUUCUUCAAUUCAAUCUAUAUAUAUACCUUCAUUAGGUUUUAACCCAAAUUUAGGGUUGUUCAAUCCAAUCUAUAUAUAUUAUAUAUAGAUAUCCUUCAUUAGGGUUUGACCCUAAUUUAGGGUUCUUCAAUUCAAUCUAUAUAUCGAUAUCCUUCAUUAGGGUUUGACCCAAAUUUAGGCCUCUUUAAUUCAAUCUGUAUGCAUCCUUCAUCUUCUCAACGUUGUCCCUUUUUCAUUUAGUUUGUUCCUACUUGUUGUCACAAUUUCCUCGAUCAUUUUGUUGUUUAAUUCCUUAAAUACAUUACGAGGAUGUUGGGUCCAAUUGGGUUGGAGGAAGAGAGAUCGGUGGCGGUGGCCAUCGACAGAAAUGACAAACACAGCUUCUAUGCUCUCCAAUGGACGACCGAUGUUCUUCUCUCUAAAGGCCAAACUCUAAUAUUAAUCCAUGUUCAUCAAUCAUCCUUACCUAAACCCAUACCUACUGGAAACGGUGAUUUCUCAAACGGAGCACAAGACCCAGAUGAUUCCUCCACGGAUGUAUUUCUUCCAUAUCGCUUGUUUUGUUCUUCUAGACAGGUUUUUUGUGAUACUGUAAUGCUUGAAGAUCAAGACAUAGGCAAGGCCCUAAUUGAUUAUGUGUCGUUAUACAGAAUCCAAAUUCUGGUACUCGGUACCCAAUCCAAAGCCAAACAUCUUGGCAUUCCUCGAAUAUUGUUGAACAAUAGGAGUGAGGUUGCAAGCACAGUGAUGAAAGGGGCACCAGGGUAUUGCAGCGUUUACACCAUUGCCAAGGGGAACAAGGUGGCUUCCGCGAGAGAAGCCACCCAUCCAUUGAAAUCCUCGUUGGAGAGAAUAUUCCAGAAUGUUCCAGAGCGGAAGCUCAACACCAGCGCCAGUAUGUGCCGCUCCCGAACGCCGUCGGACGAGGUGGUUUUCCAGGCCAGAUUAUACACCGACAUCUCCUUGUCCGCCGACAGUUCGCUUUUGGCUUUGUACCAAAACCUGCCAUCCGAUCAACGGAAUAACGCCGCAUCAUCAUCGGAAUCGGCUAGUUUUAGUUCGUAUGCGAGGAGGAAGAAUAAUGGGAACAAUUUCACAAGGGGGGGAUUGGUUUAUUCCGGUGAGCAGAAGUCGUCGGCGGUGGACGACGAUGAUGAAUGCAGCCGGCCAAACUCGCUCCCAUCUUCGCCGACAACGGACGAUGUGGCGGGAGAAAUGAUGAGAAGAAUAGAGCUUGAAACCAAUCAGACCAUGGAAAUGUACCAUGAAGCCUGUAAACAAGCUGUCCAACAAAAACAAAAGACGAAAGAACUUGAAAAUCUAUGCAAGGAAAUGGAGAAGAAGCUAAGAGAAGUUGAAUUGGAGAAGAUGGAGGCAUUGGCAAUGUUUGAGAAGACAAAAGAGGUUUUGAAUGUAAACCAAGAAAUGGAGAAGAAGAUGAAAGAAGCAGAAAGGGAGAGGGAGGAGGCGGUGGCAAUGGCAGCGAAAGAGAAAGCGAUGAGAAUGGCGGCAACGGAGGAGAUGAAAGCGGCGAAAAAGGCGGCGGAGAGAGAGACGAAGAAGAGGAAAGAUGUAGAAAGGAACAUCACUGCCAUGAGAGAAGCAGAGGCCAGCAAGAUAAUUGUGUUAAGUAACUUAGCAGAAUCCCAUAAUGUUUCCAACAAGUCUCAACACCUACACAAAAUCCUUAUUGCUUUCAUUGUAUUUUACUUCUAUUUCUUUGAAUUGAAACGAGCCCUCAAGUAUGAAUAAUAUAUGCAUUCAGAUUCAUGGAUAUGCACAUAAA